AUGGGGACUUUCGUGCUUUGCUUUACUGUUAUACUGAUUUUUACUGCAACCUACUCUUUAUUGAGUGUCUGCACCACGGCCGAUGAAGAUCGGCCUCAGGUGAUCGGGGCGUCUCAGCCAGUCGUGGCUUUUCUGGGUGGUGAUGUCAUCCUGCCGUGUCACGUGGAGCCUUGUCUGGACGUGGAGGAGCUGACGGUGGAGUGGUGGAGGCCGGACGUCCCACCAGACCCUGAAGAUCCACAGAGCAACUACCGGUAUGUCCACUGUUACCAUGACAAACAGCACGAGGAGGACAUGAAGAAGCCGAUGUACGCUGGGAGGACGGAGAUGUUCACAGACGGCCUGAAACACGGAAACAUCUCGCUAAAGAUCAGCAACGUGGAGCAGUCUGACCAAGGGAGAUACAGAUGUCAAAUCCUACAGUUGGCGAGUGCCUCUGUUAUUAUGCUUCUUGUUGAACCACGCUCCGUUAAACCGACAGAUCCCGGAGAUCUCCAAACUCCAGAGCCAACCGAUGAGACGGAUGCUAAAGGUGGUCGACUCUAUCUGAGCGUACUGAUCCUGGUUCUGGUUGCCUGCGUCUUACUGAUCCCGGCUGUUGGAGUGGGGGGAUAUUUACUUCAUAGAAGGUAUCGAAAUCAAAACCAAAACACAGCCAGCGUUCCAGACAGAUCACCGUCCGGAGAGGAGCGACUUGGCAGCUAGCGGCGGGGUUUAGGUGUGGGACGGCUGCGACCGUUUGUUAAAAACAACGGUGUGAUGGACAGAUGGUUUAGGCAAUCACCUGCAAGGUCUUUAUUUAUAAGUGCCUGCCCUCUCCCAAACAGCUUCCAACAACUGCUUCUCAGAUGGUUCUGUGUAACAAACACAUAAGCUUAUAUGUGCAAUAUAAGACAAUGAGAGUAGAGGCAGAGAGUAGCAUUGUCUUGACAUAUAGGGCCUUGCUCACUUCCCAAAUUCGUACCUCCUCGAUCCUCGAAAAUGCACAUCGAGGUGCGAGGAUAGAGCAUCGAGGAGGCUCCAUGGCAUGCGAUGAUAUCAGCUGUAGCGACAUUACUGUGUAUGGAAACGUUUACAAGCAGCAUCUCUUAUCAUUAACGUAAA